ACUUUUAUUUUGAAAGGCAUUACAGGAAGCUGCUGCGGAUGUAGUGGUGCUGUUAUUUUGACAGCCAUGUUUUAAAUAGCAGGGAUAAAAAUAAUCAGAGCUGCAGAGUUAAUUUAAGGUGGACUGACAUGUUCCUGACUGUGCUGAUAUUUUCUCUCCUGAACGUCGUCAUGUCUCAACACAAACUCACUUCUGUUGAUUUUGAGAUUUUUGGGAACGUGCAGGGUGUUUGCUUUAGAAUGUACACAGAGGAGGAGGGGCGGAGUCUGGGACUGAGUGGCUGGGUGAAGAACACCAGACAGGGGACUGUGAUUGGUCAAAUCCAAGGAUCUCUGGACAAAGUCGACCAGAUGAAACACUGGCUGGAGUUCGUGGGCAGUCCGAGCUCUCGGAUCGACCGAGCCGUCUUCUCCAACCAAAGAGACAUUUCCAAAAUGGAGAUCCCAGGCUUCUCCACCCGCUACUGAGCAUGCUCAGACAGGAACUUCCCAUUGUGUGUAUCAAGAAUGUAGAAGAAGAACAGAGCUGCAUUUGUGAACAGGAAGUAGUUCAUUAAGUAGAUGUUUCCUGUCGCACCCCGCUCAGGACAGACUGAGCAGAACAGAUUAUUGAUCAGGGUGUUUGUUCAGGUUGUGUCUGUGAUGAACGCUGCAGCAUGCAGGGGGCAGUGGCAGAGUUUAAACUGCAAGUAUCUGAACCCUGAAGUGCUUAAAGGUAAUCAAUAAAAUCCUCAAAUCUGCUCUGACUGACUGGAAACAGUGAGGAUGCUGAAACUGAAGAGAUAAUUAAAGAUCGAGUGACUGAAGGAGGGAGAUUGCUGAUUGGCUUUAAACUCUGAAUACAACGAAUUAUAAUAAUAUAAAAUAAUCAUAAUAAUCUAACUGAGAUGAUAUUAAAGUGUGAAAGUUUCCUUCUUCUCUGGUUUUAAUGUAAUGAAUGUAAGUCAAUGUGAACUCCUCUGAUUGGUGGAAACUCACUAUAAUGUUUUAAUAAUCAGUCUAUAAAGAGUUAAUACAUAAUAACAAUAAUAAUAAUACUUUGCAAUUCAUUUGUUAUUGCUUCUCAAGAACA